AUGAAUAGUGGAGUUUGUAUCUCGGAUCCAAAUUUUGGUGAUUAUUAUGGACGGAUAAAAGAGAUAAUACAAGUGGAAUACCGUGAAGCACCUUUAAAGCAAAUUGUAUUAUUCAAAUAUGAAUGGUUUGACCCAACUAUGGAUGUUGGUGUUAAAAGGCACAAUCAGUACAAAUUGGUUGAUAUUAACCAUCGUCGUCGAUAUAAAAAAUAUGAACCUUUUAUUCUUGCAAUGCAAGCAACACAAGUGUGUUAUGUACCUUAUCCUAGCAAGAAAAAGGACAAGGAUGAUUGGGCAGCUGUACUGAAGGUCAAACCUCGAAAUGUUAUGGAAUUGCCUAAUGAGGAAGUGGCAACAAUUUCAGAAGUAAAUGUUCCAUUUCAAGUUGAAGAAGUUGAAGUCCACGAGAUAGAUAUGACUGUUUUCAUUGAUGAAAACAUACUCUUAAAUGAUCCAAAUGGAGAUGUAAUUGAAAUGGAUGAACCCAUUAAUGAUGGAUUAUUGCAAGAGAAUCAUGAAAUCCACAUAGAAUCCACAGAAGAAGAGUAUGAAACUGAGGAGAAUGAGGAUGAAGAAGAGGAAGAGUUUGAAGAAGACAUUCAUGAUCCCUUUACUCUUGUUACUCUUGUUAUAGAUAACUAUGUUACUCUUGUUACUCUUGUAUUUCCAGGUAUGGCUCAAGGAAGAGGUCGUGGAAAAUCCUCAGGUAGGAGUAAUCCUGCUAUUCGUGUAAGCAUGCCAACUAUUCCCAAGCCCACUAUAGUUUCUCCUCAGCAAGGUGGUACCCCAACCAAUACGUCAACUCAAAGUAUCAACCCAAUCAUCUCUGAGACACCUCCAGCUACAUCAAAUCAGAGUAACCUAAUAGGUAUGGCUCGAGGAAGAGGUCGUGGAAAAUCCUCAGGUAGGAGUAAUCCUGCUAUUCGCGUAAGCAUGCCAACUAUUCCCAAGCCUACUAUAGUUUCUCCUCAGCAAGGUGGUACCCCAACCAAUAUGUCAACUCAAAGUAUCAGCCCAACUAUCUCUGAGACCCCUCCAGCUACAUCAAAUCAGAGUAACCUAAUAGGUCAACAUUUUUCUACUCAGAGCAACUCAACAGGUCAUACCAGUAGAGUUGCUGAAUGUGAAUCCAACAGUAGCCAUACAAGGACCCUUGUCUUUCUAACUUCUGCAGGGCUGGAACCUUCUCAAAUAUGCUCUAGUUUCAUAUCCAAGUCUUUCAAAAGUGAUGUUGAUCCCAAUGGAAUCAACUGGAAAGGUGUCUCAACUGAUGUAAGAAAUGGUUAUUUUGGAGAAUUCAAGAAAAAAUUUUACUGGGAUGUUUCCAUUAGUGAAAACGAAGUGAAAAGACACUGGAUGGUUAAGGCAGCACUGAAAUACAGGAAUUUCAUUUCUAAAAUAAAAAAGGAAAGAGUUAGGCCAGGUUAUGUACCAGAAAAUGUCUGGGAAAGAUGGAUGCAACUUUGGGGAAGUGAAAAGUGUAUAAAAAAGUCAGAAAUUAAUUCAAAAAAUCGUCGUGGCGGCCAUGAAACUGUUGUUGAGACUCACACAGGCGGCUCUAUUUCAAUUGGAGAACAUCGCAGGAAACUUGCUAUUGAAAAUGGUCGAGAUCCAACACCAAUUGAAUUACAUUUGCAUGUUCAUACACAUGGUCAUGAUGGAAAAUCAUUUGUUGGUGAGCGUUCUCGAAUUGUCCAUGAAAAAUAUGAAGAAAUAUUACGAAAUAACACAGUGUCUCAAACUGAUAUUGAUCAACGUGAAGCAUAUUACCAAGCUGCGGGGGGAGAAAAGAAAAGAAGAAUAUACGGUCUUGGAUCUGAAGCAAAAAAUUACUAUGGGCAGAAUCUUUGUGGCUCAUCAUCAUUACCACCUCCAUUUUCUCAAUCAACAUCGAUAACAAAUAUGGACGAAUUUAUAAAGCAAAUGAUGCCUGCACUAACUAGUCAUCUUGGUCCUAUUAUUGUUGGGCAGGUGCAAGCAUCGAUUACUCCAUCUGGGAAUCCAUCGAUUGUGACACCCAUAGUGCCUCCUGCUACUAAUGUGGACGAGGUUGAUCCCUCAAUUUCAAGCGAUGAUCGUAUCCCUUAG